AUGGAUAUGAAACAAAACGUGACGGAAGUGGGAAUGCAAGUAGCUUCCACUCCAACCUGUUGUAUCGUGGAUGCAGUCUCUUCAACCGGACACGUGGAACUUUGUCCCGAAGCACAAGAAUUACUCGGAGAACUAAAAUGUGAGAACCAGGAUAGUGUAACAGUGAAUUUGGAAACAAUCUCCGUGAUAGAAAAUAUCACAUUAGAUAGGACUGUAAAAGACAAUUUUAGCUGUCCCAUUUGCCAAGGCUUUCUGGUUCGAGCACGUGUACUCGGUUGCGGACACCAAUUUUGUCGGGAGUGUUUAUACCGGUGGCUUAAAUUGCGACGUAUGUGCCCCAUGUGUCGACAACCGGUAGUUGCGUGCGUUACUGCGCUGUUUGUGGAUACAUUUUUGGACGAUGUGGUCGAUCACUGUGGGAAUGAUGAGCUGAAAAGGCAACGUCAGUUGCGAAAACAGGAGAAGGCAAGUGCCAGUCUGGAUGAAGGUCCGGUCACACGAAUACCCACAGAAAUGACCACCAUGAUGAUCAGUAAUUAUGCACAGACAAUCUCUGCUUAUUCUCAUGGCUUGUCACAUGCCUCUUCGGGAAUGACUACAGACAACUGGACUCAGGCAAACACAAUGGAUCAAGGCGCAGGCAAUUAA